AUGGGCAAUGAACAGGCCGGCGCGCAGAGCGAGCGCCGAUCUGCUCAGCUGCCACCGAUGCACGCAGUUUUUCUGGAGUCCAAGCCGCAGCCGCGGUUCUCGACUCGUUUACUUAGCAAGAUCGGGUUGCUAUACAUUGGCGCGGGCAUCGAUGAGACUCGGACCAAGGCCCUGUCGCUGCACUUGGUGUGGUUUUCUAAGCAUGUGCAGCGGUUCGCAACCAGGUUCGGUCGCGUCACUGUGGAGGAAGGCGGAAUUGCCCAGGUCUCGGUUCCCAGGUUACGGAAGCAGAUUUGA